GGCUCUUUCCUCGUUUAGAUUCGAGCAGAUAGAGGGGAAUUUGCUGAAUUUUGUUGGUUGUGUGGAUUAUAUUAGAGCCAUGAUCAAGCUUUUUUCUUUGAAGCAACAAAAGAAGGAAGGAGAAGGUGCAAAGACAGGGACGAAGAGGGCUUCUGCGGCGCAACUAAGAAUAACGAAAGAUGUACGGGAUCUCGAGCUUCCAAAAACAUGUCAAAUAGAAUUUCCUGAUCCAGAUGAUCUUCUAAAUUUCAAGCUCAAUAUUUCACCAGAUGAGGGAUUUUACAGAAAUGGCAGAUUUGUUUUUAGUUUUAAGGUUGGUCCAGGAUAUCCUCAUGAUGCUCCAAAAGUCAAGUGUGAAACAAAAGUUUAUCAUCCUAACAUUGAUUUAGAAGGAAAUGUCUGUUUGAACAUUUUGAGAGAGGACUGGAAACCUGUUCUUACAAUAAAUGCAAUAAUAAUUGGAUUACAAUAUCUGUUUUUGGAACCAAAUCCAGAGGAUCCUCUUAAUAAAGAUGCUGCUGAAGUUCUUCGAAGUAACAGGCGGUUGUUUGAACAGAAUGUGGGGAAAUCCAUGAGGGGAGGAUAUGUCGGAAGUGUCUACUUUGAACGUUGCCUCAUAAAAUAAUGCCUUCACUGGACACAUUAGAGAGCUUGCUCUCUAUUUAUUAACACUUUAACUAUUGCAAUGCAAAUUUGCUAAGAUCAAAGCCAAAGAGGAGUCUGAUGCCAGGCACUUAUGAACAUUUCAAGGGACACCAGACACAUAUGGAGGACUCUGAAACUACUAUAAACAAAUCUUAAACCCUUAAUUUUCUAGAUAAAGAUUGUUUUUAGCCAAAGCUUUUAACCCUCUUUUUCUCUUAAACCUUAGCAUUUUCUUUCCAUGGGAAUGAUUAAGCUUUGAAGUUAAAUUAAAUGUAUUUAACUGGAAACCCCUUAGUUCUUUUUACUCUUCUUAACUGUUGCUUUCUGAAAAUUUGCAGAGGCAAACUUCAACUCCUGUGGUCUGUGUUUCAUGGCAUUUCACAAGUUUCUCCCAAAUUAAGCAGGACAGAAGUUAGGGAAACCUUUGCUCUGCUAUAAUUACUAAGUAGCUAAAAUAUGUAUGAAUAAUUUUGAGGGUUUUCUCAACAAAAAUAAUACAGAAAAUACCAUCAACUGAUCUGUGGUUUGAGUCUUUAGGUGUAAGGUUGUUAUAUGAACUUCCUGAUAUGCAGUGCUAGAUUUCUUAUUUUUUCCUCUGAAUAAGAAAAAUGAUUUUCUUCUAGUCUUUACCUACAAAAAUGCAUUUGAUUAGAUUAUGAAGGUAAAGUUAGGAGACAAGGAAUGGUCAUUGAUUUUAUUGUUCUUUAGCAGUCUUGUAUAUCGUUGUUUAAAAGUGUUUCAGUUCUCAGCUUCAAUUGUCUGUUGUAAUUGCUACAUAGGGAGGGAAUAUUGCUGUACUGAUAUGUGAAAUCUAGAAUAGACAUUUUUUGUACAGUUGUGUAUAAAAUAAACAUAGUAUGCUGUGUAAGCA